AUGGACGCUGUUACAAUAGCAGUACAUUGGCACGAUGAAAACAAGCCUAUAUAUUCAUUGGAUUUGCAACCAAAGAUGGCUCAAAGUCAGAUAUCAAGAUUAGUUACUGGAGGAGGAGAUAACAACGUGCGAAUUUGGAAAUUUGUCGACAAUACAGUAGAAUAUCUAUCUACAUUGAGGAAGCAUACGCAAGCGGUGAAUGUUGUCAGAUUCAACUCCAAAGGUGAUGUUCUCGCGACUGCGGGAGACGAUGGGUUUGUCUUUUUAUGGACAAAAAGCGAUACUAUAAUCAAAGACUUGGGUGAUGAAGAUGAUGAAGACAUGAAAGAGAGUUGGCAGUGCGUUGGAAAUAUAACAAUUGGUAAUGAACUAGUUGAUUUGUGCUGGUGCAAUGACUACUUGGCAAUAGGAUCUAUGGACAAUAUAUUGCGGGUGUAUCACGUUGUGGAGAAUGGGAAGAAAUUAGUGGGAAAACCAAUUCACACUUCAGAAAAUAAUGAUCAUUUCAUCCAAGGGGUGGCAUUUUCUAAUCAUUACUUAUUCACACAAUCUGCUGAUCGUAGUAUAGUUUCCUAUAAAUUUGAUGAUGACGGGUCGUUAUCACUACUUCAUAAGUUCCAAAAGCUUGGCAGUACCCAAAUGUAUCAGUCAGAAAACCUCCAGUCAUUUUUCAGAAGAUUGAGUUGCUCACCCGAUGGGUCAUUAUUGAUUACCCCUGCAGGAUUAGAUGAAAAUGGGUCAAAUUGUGUGUACAUAUACUCGAUAGCUAAUUUGCACAAUGGCCCCGUCAUCAGAAUAGGUGGUUUUAUAAAGCCAGCGAUCAUUGUAUCAUUUAAUCCGAAAUUAUAUAAACUGCUGAGUGAAUCGCUGCUAUUACCGUAUAAGCUGAUUUUUGCUAUUGGAACAUUGGAUAGCAUAGUCGUUUACUCGACAGAUGAUAAUUUUAAACCCUUGGGUCAAGUAUCCAACAUACAUUAUCAAGCUAUAACUGACUUGACGUGGGACGAAAAUGGUUCGAAGUUGUUGGUCAGUUCAAUGGAUGGAUUCUGUUCUGUCAUCAACUUCGAAGGCGACGUUUUUGGUCCCUUAUACGAGAAUCCAAUUGUCGAUAACCUGCACCUGGAAAAGCUACAACCUCAGUCAAAUACAGCUUCACAAUCGCCACCACCGAAGAAGCAAGCUCCUACAAUUGAUACUUUUUUUAAGGACAAGAAGGGUAAAAAACGAAUCACCCCCACGUUGAUUCUGUAA